ACGAUGUUCCCAGCAGCCGGCAGCUCUCUGCCGGACCAGGAGCCCCUGCUGGAGGACGCCGCAGGGAGCGGGUACAGCCUGCAGAAGCCCAGGGACCGCUGGCACGGGGCCUACCUGAUAUUUUUCCUCCUGGGCAUCGGGUCCCUCCUGCCCUGGAAUUUCUUCAUCACGGCCAAACACUACUGGAGGUACAAGCUGCAGAACUGCUCGGAUGAGCCCGGCCCGGCGGGGCAGGCAGCCUCAGACCUGCGGGACUAUUUUGAGAGUUACAUCUCCAUUGCCUCCACCAUACCCUCGGUGCUGUGCCUGAUUGGAAACUUCUUGCUUGUCAACAAGGUUGCUGCCAGUGUCCGGAUCCUGUCGUCCCUCUUUGUCAUGCUGGCUGUGUUCCUGGUGAUCACAGUGCUGGUCAAGGUGGACACCUCCACCUGGACCACACCUUUCUUCACCCUCACUGUGGGCUGCGUGGCUGUGGUCAGCAGUGCCUCCACUGUCUUCUCCAGCAGCAUCUUCGGCCUCAGCAGCUGCUUCCCCAUGAGGAACCUGCAGGCUCUGCUCUCAGGCCAGGCCAUGGGUGGCACCAUCAGCGCCGUGGCCUCUGUGAUAGACCUGGCAGCGGCGGCCGACGUCACCGACAGCGCCCUGGCCUAUUUCCUCACUGCUGACAUCUUCAUCGUCCUCUGCAUCGUGGUGUACCUGCUGCUGCCCAGGCUGGAGUACUCCAGGUAUUACCUGAGCAGCCAGAAGGAGAGCCCCUCUCUGGUCACUGUGCCCCCUGACAGCUCCGUGGAGGACCAGGCAGAGCCAGGAGGCCCCGUCAGCUCCUCCUCCUUCCUCACAAGGAGUGCUGGCAUCCCCCCACUCCGCCCCAUCCUGCAGAAGACUGCCCUCCUCGGCUUCUGCCUCUUCUAUGUCUUCUUCAUCUCCAUCAUCAUCUUCCCUUCCCUCUCCUCCAACAUCGAGUCUGUCAGCAAAGCCUCGGGGAGCCCGUGGAGCACCAAGUACUUCACCCCACUCACCUGUUUCCUCCUGUACAACUUUGCUGACUGGUGUGGGAGGCAGGUCACUGCCUGGAUCCAGGUGCCAGGCCCCAAGAGCAAACUGCUGCCUGCCCUUGUCCUCCUCAGAACCAUCUUCCUCCCUCUCUUCAUCCUCAGCAACUACCAGCCCCGGGCUCACAUCCGGACCGUGCUGUUCAACAGGGACAUCUACCCCGUGGUGUUCACAGCCCUGCUGGGGCUCAGCAAUGGCUACCUGGGCACUCUGGUCAUGGUCUACGGCCCCAAAAUCGUGCCCAAAGAGCUGGCUGAGGCAGCAGGGGUGGUGAUGUCCUUUUACCUGGUGCUGGGGCUGGCUCUGGGCUCUGCCUGUGCUGUUUUUGUGGUGCACCUUGUGUAGAGGGGACAGCUGAGGAGGAGGAGGAUAGCCUCAGUUUGUGGUGCUGCUGUUGGGGAUUUAGGG